CGACCAUCGAACCAAUCUGAAGUGCGUCGUUGUGUCUACUGAAAAAGUGACAUAUUAGGUUCAUUACAUUCUACACGUUGCGCGCAUCGCGUGUAUCGAUGACAAGGCUGUGAGUUCAUUCCGCGUUUGUUUUUGUUGGGCUGGCAGUGUCAGCUGAUUCAGAUUCAGCAACAAACCACUGGGAAAGUGGUGCAACAAAACAAAUCGUAUACAUUUUUCGUCUAGUGUGACUAUAUAUCAACACAAAAAUGCCACUCGGGAGGAUUAUAUUAAAUAUUUUGGACCCGUUCCAUCUGAUACGAAAUUAUCUAUUGAAACCAUUGGCUGUAACUGGAAUCGUGUUCGCGGAAGAGUACAAGCGAAAAACCAGUGCUGGAGUGCAAUCAACGAAAAACAUUGUUUUGCGUCUCAUUGCUGUUGUGCUAAUUGGACUGUCUGUUGUGUGGGCCUCGAUAUUUAUGUACGCUUAUUUCUACUACUCGUACAUGCCUACUGUGUCGCAUGUGAAGGAUGUAUAUCUCAGCUAUGGACAAUGUCAAGCAGAAUCGAAAUGUCCCCAAUAUCCCACAGAUACGGUGGAGCUAACAAAAAAACAGCAGCUACUUAUGAUAGGACAACCAUACCGAGUUAUUCUUUAUCUGGAAAUGCCAGAAUCAGAACAAAACCAUAAAACAGGUAUGUUCACUAUCUGCGCGGCUAUGCAGGAUCAUUCUGGCACUCAAACGAUAAAGUCCUGUCGGCUCUCUAUGCUACACUACAAAUCUGAUCUGCUGAAAUUACUGUCUACGGUGGUGUUCGCACCAUUUUUAAUCAUGGGGUACCGUGAGGAAAAGCAAAUGGUUGCGAUAGAAUUAUUUACCAAUUUCGAAGAUAAUCAAGCACAUCCGGCCACCAGUGUCGACAUAACCAUUCUCUCUAGUAGUGUGCAGUUCUACUCUGCACAAUUGCACAUCACUGCCAACUUUUCGGGGCUGCGAUAUCUUAUGUUCAACUGGCCUAUCCUUUCGGCUAUCAUUGGCAUCACCACUAAUUUGUUUUUCAUUCUAAUUGUCUGUAUUUUGAGCUGGUACCAUUGGGACGAUAAUGAAUGGAUGGUUGAAAUAAAGGAUCGAUAUCAACAGAUUAUUAAAAAAUCUAAAACUGCAGUAUUUGAAUCACAGCACUCUGAUAUACAGAAACAACAACCCAUGCUGGAGAAAGCUGAUGAAGAAAUUGAAGAUAUUUCUAGUUUUAAAGAUGAUUUAGGACUAACCAGUUAAUAAAAACUGUUGAAUUGGCAGUUCCAGCUCAAGAUAAAUGACAUUUUUGUAACGACUUUCUCCGAUAAUAUUGCAGGUUUUCUUAUAUGUUGGCUUCCACAGCACAUGGUUGCAUUUUCGUUGCACAUUGAUUUGAAUAUUGUUAA